AUGGUUUACCGCCCCUUAGCGGUAGCCAUAACGCAGUUGAGAGCGAAUGAGACUCAUCAAUCACACCAAAAAAACUGUCAUUAUUCAGACAAUAAUAGUGUUUUAUCAGCAUCCAAUUGUUGCAUCGUUAAAUAUGAUGAUGGUCGUAAACGAAGGAAAUGCUCUACAAAUUGUUUUUGUUACCCAAAUCAAAAUGAUUCCAAUUGCAAUACUGCAAUUUGCCAUACUGCAUUGCUCAAGAUUAUUGCUGCCACUUUAUUGCUUUGUUUAACUGCUUUUACUGGUGUACAGCAUAUUCGAAUUUCGAGACUUGAAGAAAGGAUAAGAUGGGUGGAAGAACAUUGCGCUACAAUUUCAUCUGCUAAAUCAAGAAAUAUUUCGACUUCGAAGGCUGAUGAAAUUUCUGAACGAAAUUACGCAAGCAGGAGCGCGAGGGCAUUGUAUACGGACAAUCAGUGCCUGUGCCCUCCAGGUCCAAAGGGAGAGCCUGGCCCACCAGGACCACCGUCACUUGACAAACUUUCCCGACGUCAGUUGCGGUCAUUCGGAUUUCUCUAUUCACCAAGUGGCCAAUCCAUUCAACUUCGAGGUGUUCCUGGAUCACCUGGCCCUCCUGGUGCGAAAGGCGUUCGAGGUUACCCCGGCUUCCCUGGACCGAUUGGACUGGAUGGACCAAAAGGUGUACCGGGCUCACCAGGUCCAAAGGGAGAGCGAGGUGAGCGAGGUCCAAUGGGUCCACCAGGCUAUCCAGGUCCGAAAGGAGACCGCGGGUACGUGGGUGGGCCUUUGAGUGGCACACAGGUUGGAAGUGGGAAUCCUGUUGCGCCUAUGUUGAUUCAGGGUCCACCAGGUCCCCCUGGAAUGCCUGGCCCACCAGGUGAAACUGGACGGCCUGGCACAGUGGGCCCUAAAGGUGAUCGAGGUUUACCUGGUUUUGAUGGAGAAUCGAAAGUUGGGCCAAAAGGUGAGCCAGGAGAACCAGGUACUCAGGGAAGAAUCGGACCAGUCGGACCCGCCGGUCCGAUGGGAUUAAAGGGUGAUCCCGGAAUGCGAGGACCUCCUGGACCGCCUGGCUUUGUCUCAAAACAGGAACCUGGUCAUGUGGUGGAGGGUCGAGUCGGUCCACCUGGGAUGCCGGGUCCUCCUGGUCUAACCGGACCUCCGGGCAUGCCAGGACCACCAGGAGCGAGUGGACCAAAGGGUGACCCGGGCAAACCGGGUCGUGAUGGCCGUGACGGAAAUCCAGGUCCACCAGGCAGGACUGGUUAUAUAGGACCACCGGGUGAGAAAGGUGACAGAGGAGAACCAGGUGAUCAAGGGCCUCGAGGUCCACCUGGAAUGAUCACUUCUGCAUCAUUACGAAGCCCUGGACAUGUGAUCGCUGGUCCACCAGGUCCACCAGGCCGAGAUGGACGAAAUGGCGAGAAAGGAGAAAAGGGCGAUACCGGUAGUUUGGGUCCGGUUGGUCCAAUCGGUUUGUCUGGUCCGAAAGGGGACCCCGGUCGACGUGGAAGACGAGGUAAAGAUGGUUUGAUGAUAUCGGAAGCACAGCUUAUCAAGAAAGUGCUGCCUUCCCUAAGAGCAGCUAUUCGUGAUAGCGCUGGAAAACCCGGACAACCCGGUCCACCUGGACAAAUGGGACCAAUUGGACCACCUGGUUCGCCCGGACUACGCGGUGAAAGGGGACCACAAGGUUUACCAGGUCACGCUGGCUUGAAAGGUGAUCGUGGUGAUAUCGGACCACCGGGGUUGAUUGGACCUCCUGGACUACCAGGCCCACCGGGCGAGCGAUUGGAAACCACAGCUACAGGCAGCGCGUCGUUGGCUGUGCCGGGACCACCAGGACCAAGGGUGCACCAUUUUGGUAGUCCUGGACUACCGGGUCCUCCUGGACUGAAAGGCGAGAAAGGAGAUACUGGUUUCGCCGGUGUUCCUGGCUCACUUGGAUUACCGGGACCUCCUGGACCAAUGGGUAUACGUGGACCGCCAGGUUUACCAGGAAACGAAGGGAGACCUGGCAAGAUCGGUCCAACUGGAGCGCCGGGCCCAAAGGGCGAUUCCGGAAUCCAGGGACCCGUAGGACCACCGGGUGAGCGAGGAAACACAGGAGAUCGAGGACCGAGAGGUGAACCAGGCCUGCAAGGUGAGAAAGGAGAGCAGGGAAUACCUGGCUUGGAUGCUCCUUGUCCUACUGGACCUGAUGGAUUGCCGAUGCCGUUCUGCGCGUGGAAACCAAUUGAUGUGAGAUUCUUUGCUCUUCAUUGCAAUUUGUUCAUGAAGCAGAAAUUGCUGACAUUAUCAACUGACCUCCUCGAUGAGUGA